AUGACCUUUGGCGCUACUUGUUCGCCCAGUUGUGCUCAGUUUGUGAAAAACCACAACGCACAACAGUUUGAAAAUCAGUUCCCCAGAGCGGUCGAAGCCAUUGUUGACGAGCACUACGUGGACGACAUGCUGUCCAGUGUGGAAUCAGAGGAGGAAGCGAUCAAACUAGCUAAGGACGUACGCUUCAUCCACGCUCAGGCUGGGUUUGAGAUUCGACACUGGCUGUCAAACUCACAGCACGUAAUCGAAGCACUGAAUGCCGGACUAGACACGGAGAAGAGUUUGAAUAUCGGCAACGAACCAGCGACGGAGAAAAUCUUAGGCAUGUGGUGGUGCACAACUACGGAUUCGUUUACGUUCAAGGUAUCUCUGAGGAUUGACAGAGCACUACUCUCAGGAAAGGCAAUUCCAACGAAAAGGCAGGUACUAAGAACGCUUAUGAUGGUUAAUGAUCGUGUGGCCCCAUUACGUUUCGUCUCAAUACCGAAGCUCGAAUUGCAGGCUGCAGUGCUAGGUGCUUGUCUGGCUAACAGUAUCGUUGAGUCGCAUAAGCUAAAACCGUCCCAGAGAUUUUUCUGGACAGACUCACGGGAUGUGAUUUGCUGGCUCAAUUCUGACCAUCGUCGGUAUAGUCAAUUCGUGGCGUUCAGGGUCAGUGAAUUGCUGGACUCAUCGGAUGUCUCGGAAUGGAACUGGAUAUCGACUAAUCAAAAUGUCGCCGACGAGGCCACGAAAUGGCGGAAGUUGCCAAGCCUUGAGCCGUCCAGCCGUAGGUUUCAUGCUCCAGAUUUUCUGUGGAAAUUGACACAAGAGUUUCCAUUGUCGAACCAAAACUUUGGCACGACAUCGGAAGAACUUCGUGCGCACUCGCUUCAUCAUCUCACUCGAGAACCGUCGAUUAAGUUUGAAGACUUUUCGAGCUGGAUUCGUUUAGUACGGCGCAUAGCAUGUAUCUGUCGCUUUCCGCGAAACAUCCGUUCCAGGUUACUAAAACAAGCACCGGUGUGUGGUCCGUUGACUAAGGAUGAAUUUAUAGCUGCUGAGAUUGUGAUCUAUAAACUCGUCCAAUCUACGAGUUUCGCCGAGGAACUACAGAUAUUAGGAAGAGCUAAAACGCAAAGCGGAAAAACACGACAUACACUACCAAAAGGUAGCUCACUGUAUAAACUCAAUCCAGUUCUCGAUACGAAUGGUAUUCUUCGGAUGCUCGGUCGCAUAGACGCGUGCGAAUAUGUAGACGAAACAACAAAGCACCCAAUCUUGCUCCCAAAAAAGCAUCACGUUACCGAUCUUAUAAUUGCAAAUAUCCACGAACGCUAUCUGCACCAAAAUCAUCAAACUACUCUGAACGAGGUUCGCACUAAAUAUUACGUGCCAAGUCUUCGAUCCGUAUAUCGCCGAGUCCGUCGUAGCUGCCAGCACUGUAAAAUAAAAGAUGCUCUGCCUCAGCCUCCAAUAAUGGGCAACCUUCCGCCCAUGCGUCUUAAGGCCUUCUCUCGGCCUUUCUCGUAUAUCGGAAUAGAUUAUUUCGGGCCUAUGCAAGUCGUCCUUGGCCGUAGGGUCGAAAAACGUUGGGGGUUCUGA